GCUGGAUAUGAUUGUAAAUUCAUUUGCUCAUAUGAUAUCAACUAAGCCUGUUGAUCGAUAUACAAGACCAGAAUUUACAGAGAAUGGGCCGUUGGCAAUUGAUUCUAAACAGGCUAUUAAUCAUAUUAAGAGGAAGUAUGAGUUGGAGAAUAUGGAAAUUGUGAACAAGGAAAAAGAAAAGGCUGACAAAGCCAUUGCAGAAAUUGAGGCAAAGUGUGGCCAAAAAAUUGAAGAAUGCAAAGAAGAACAAAGGCAGCAGUUGAUGCGCAUUGAAGAUGAACACACGUUGCUCAGAUCAAAGCAUUGAGGUGUGAACUUGAAGAUGAGUGUCAGAAGCUGGAAGAGGAGUUGCAUCUUCAAAAAUCCAAAGAAGACAGGCAAAGGGCUUUGUUGCAGUUGCAGUUGAAAGUGAUGAGUGACAAGCCCAAAGAGGACCAAGAAGUGAAUUCAAAACAGGUUUACUUGUGUUU